AUGAUUAAACGAUUUAGGUCUUCUCAAGAUAUGAAUUUCCAGGACACAUGUGGAUGUAGUGAUCUGAAUGCUUCCAUUCAAUGUACACUUCAUGGUGAACAAGUGAUUUGUCAAUCUAAUACUGAACAAGUUGAUAUACCUUCUAAUACAGACAUUGAUGUAUGCAUGAGCUCUUCUAAUUGCCUUCCUAAUAUGAUAUGUCCAACUAAUUAUGAGGAAUUUGAUGUGCCCUCUAAUAAUCCAGAGAUUGGUAAUCCUUCUUAUUUCAACAUUGGUUGGCCUAAUUGCAUAUGUCCGGAUUGCGGCGCAGUAAUGUGGUACCAGGAACGUGUCAAGAUUAGCUCCAGGGCUAAUCCCAAGUUUUCACUGUGCUGUAGUCAAGGGGAUGUAGUGCUUCCACCAUACAGGCGGUUACCACAGUUAUUGCAUGAUCUGUAUCAUGGUUGUGAUAGUAGAAGCAAAUUCUUCCUCGACAAUAUUAGGUCUUUUAAUAGUAUGUUUGCUUUUACAUCUAUUGGUGGUAAGAUCGAUACACAUGCUAACGAUGGAAACGCACCGCCUACCUUUAUUCUAAAUGGUGAAAAUUAUCACUUGAUUGGAAGUUUACUUCCAUUGCCAGAUAAGCCCCCUAAAUUCGCGCAGUUGUACAUAUAUGAUACCAUUAAUGAGAUAUCAAAUAGAAUGGCAGCUGUUGGUAUGGCUGAUGAUUCAAAUGCAUUCAAGUCGUCCAUAGUGAGAGACAUACGGCAGGCAUUAGAUGAUUGUGACAAUCCUUACGUUCGCGUGUAUACCAUGAUACGGGACACAGUGCAUUUUCAAGAGACUCCAUCCGUGAGGUUGCGAAUUUUGGGUAAGCGAGGUCGUGACGGUAGGAGGUAUAAUCUUCCAUCUGCUUCCGAGGUUGCUGCUUUGAUUGUAGGUGACUUUGAUGCAGCUGAUUUCGAUAGAGAUGUUGUAGUACAGACUCAAUCUGGUCUUUUACGACGCAUAUCAACAUUUGAACCAUCUUACUGGCCCUUGCAGUAUCCUUUGUUGUUUCCUCGAGGAGAAGAUGGAUAUAGCAGAAACAUUGAGUUCAGGGACAACCCAAACAAGUCAAGAAGGAAAAGGCAGUUUAUUACUCAAUUGGAGUGGGUUGGAUAUACCAUUCAGCAGAGGCAUAGGGAUGUAUCGACCAUUGUUUUUGCACGUAGAUUGUUCCAUCAGUUUUUGGUCGAUUCCUUUAGUACAAUAGAGUCUGAUCGGUUGCGGUAUAUGAGGGAUCAUCAGAAAGAUUUAAGGGCUGCUAUGUACAAGGGAUUAACUGAAGCUAUUGUCAGUGGUGAUUGUGUUGCGAACGCAACAGGAAAGCGCAUAGUUUUACCUGCGAAUUUUGUUGGCGGUGCAAGGUAUAUGAUACAGAAUUAUCAAGAUGCAAUGACCAUUUGUUCUUGGGCUGGAUAUCCUGAUAUAUUCAUCACUUUCACUUGCAAUCAUAAGUGGCCAGAGAUCGUUGAAUUUCUGAAAACGCAUAACCUUAAACCAUCGGAUCGUCCAGACUUGAUAAGUCGAUUGUUCAAGCUCAAACUGGAUCAACUUAUGAGAGAUAUUAAGGAAGGAAGUAUUUUUGGCAAGGUUAAGGCAGUGAUUUACACAAUUGAGUUCCAAAAACGUGGCCUGCCACAUGCUCAUAUUUUAUUAUUCUUUGACCAAGCACAUAGAAUAGUUCAUCCAGAUAAUAUUGACAAGAUCAUAUCUGCUGAGAUUCCGGAUAUGCACCGAGAGCCAGAAUUGUUUAGCAUUGUAUCUGGACUAAUGAUUCAUGGUCCAUGUGGAGAACAAAAUAAAAAGUCUCCAUGCAUGCCGCAUGGUAGGUGUUCCAAAUAUUUUCCUAAAAAAUUUACCAGUCAUACCAUUAUAGAUGCCGAUGGUUAUCCUGUAUAUCGAAGGAGGGAUAAUGGUGUGUAUAUUAAAAAAGGUGAACAUUUUGCUGACAAUAGGUUUGUCGUUCCAUAUAAUAAAGAUCUAUUACUAAAAUAUAACGCUCAUAUCAAUGUUGAAUGGUGCAACCAGUCUCGGUCUAUAAAAUAUCUUUUUAAAUAUAUCAACAAAGGACACGAUCGCAUUACAGCUGGAUUUUACAAUGGUCCUGACACCGGUUCUAAUGGUGGAGUUGUGGAUGAGAUAAAGACAUAUUACGAUUGUCGGUAUCUAUCUGCAUGUGAAGCUGUUUGGAGAAUUUUUGUGUUUGACAUUAAUUAUAGGGAACCAUCUGUUGAGCGAUUGACUUUUCACCUUGAGGAUGAGCAGUCUGUGAUUUUCCCCGAUGAUGCUUGCAUUGAGGAUAUCGUCAACAAACCUUAUGCUAAAUGUAGUAAGUUUAUAGCCUGGAUGGAGGCCAACAGAAAAUAUCCGGAAGCACGGCAACUAACUUAUAAUGAAUUUCCUACUAAAUUUGUAUGGAAUAAGGAUGAACGUCGAUGGACGCCGCGAAAGAGGGGAUUUUCCAUCGGACGACUCCAUUUUGCUCCGCCUGGGUCUGGCCAGAGAUUUUAUUUGAGGACUAUUUUGAAUUAUAUCAAGGGUCCGACAUCUUUCGCUGAUAUUAGAACCGUUAACAAUGUCACUUAUGACAAUUACAAAGACGCAUGUUCUGCAUUGGGCCUUAUGAAUGACGAUGCCGAGUUUGUUCGAGCAAUCAAAGAAGCCAGUUUCUGGGGUACUGGUGCUUAUUUGCGUCGAUUGUUUGUGGCUUUGCUUCUUUCAGAUCAACUGCAGCAUCCAAAUUCUGUUUGGAAUAGCACGUGGGAGUAUUUAAGUGAUGAUAUCCAGCGUAUCCAACGACGUAUUCUCCAACUGCCGGAUUUAGUGUUGACGUGCGAUCAGUUGAAGAGUUAUGCUUUAGCUGCGAUUGAAUCUGCAUUGCAAAGUAACGGCAAAGGUUUGAAAGAUUAUCCUGAUAUGCCUCUGCCAGAUGAUGGAUUGGUUCCGGAUAGAGGGAAUAGAUUGAUCUACGAUGAAUUAAAUUACGAUCACAUCGCAUUAGCUGAUGAGCAUCGUAAAUUAAUGUCAACCAUGACAGUUGAGCAGCGACAAAUAUAUGAUAAGAUCAUGACAAGGGUUAACGAAGAUAAGCCGGGAUUUUUUUUCCUGUAUGGUUAUGGUGGUACGGGUAAAACGUAUAUUUGGAGGGCUUUGUCAGCAGCAUUAAGAUCGCGAGGUGAGAUUGUUCUCACUGUGGCGUCCAGUGGGAUAGCUUCCUUGCUAAUUCCUGGAGGGAGGACUGCUCAUUCGCGAUUUGCCAUCCCACUAAAUAUUGAUGAAUAUUCCACAUGUCAAAUAGGCCCAACUGAUCAUCUCGCUGAAUUGAUUCGCCAUGCGAAAUUGAUCAUAUGGGAUGAGGCGCCUAUGAUGCAUCGACAUUGUUUUGAGGCGGUCGAUCGUACUUUGGCGGAUAUAAUGCAAGAGAAACGAUUUCCAUUUGGAGGGAAGGUUGUGGUGUUGGGUGGAGAUUUCCGCCAAAUACUUCCAGUUAUACCUAAGGGAACGAGGCAUGAGAUUGUUCACUCCGCGAUAAAUUCUUCUCAUCUCUGGUCUUAUUGUGAAGUUUUGACGCUGACAACUAAUAUGAGACUUCUGUCGGGGUGUUCCGAUUCCGACAUUGACAAAAGAAGGGUUUUUUCGGAAUGGAUAUUGGGAGUUGGUGACGGAAGUGUUGGGCAUGCAGACGAUGAGUAUAUUGCAGUCCAAGUUCCACAAGAUUUGUUGAUUGAUGGUGGUGCUGAUCCUCUUGCAUCUAUUGUUGAAAGCACAUACCCGGAUCUGAUUAGAAAUAUGAAUGAUACCUCAUUUUUCCGUCAAAGGGCGGUUCUAGCUCCAACGAAUUCAGUUGUUAGUAGUAUAAAUGAAUACAUUCUAGAUUUAAUACCAGGCGAGGAAAAAGUAUAUCUCAGUUAUGAUUCUCCGUGUAACCAGAAUUCAUUUGUUGAUGCCCCUGAUAAUGUACAUACUCCUGAGUUCUUGAAUACUAUUGUUUCUUCCGGCAUUCCAAAUCAUAAAGUAAGACUCAAAAUUGGUGUCCCAAUUAUGCUCAUGAGAAAUAUGGACCAAUCAUCCGGGAUGUGCAAUGGCACGAGGUUAAUGGUCACAAAAAUGGGAACAUAUGUUAUUGAGGGACUAAUUAUAUCGGGUAGUCAUAUCGGUGAAAGAGUGUUCAUUCCGAGAUUGUCAUUGAUUCCUUCAGAUAAAAGGCUUCCUUUUAGAUUUCAACGCCGACAAUUUCCAAUCAAUGUUUGUUUCGCCAUGACAAUUAACAAAAGUCAAGGUCAGUCACUUGAUCAUGUUGGGGUUUAUCUUUCUCAGCCAAUCUUUUCUCAUGGUCAAUUGUAUGUCGCUUUGUCUAGGGUAACUUCGGAUAGGGGUUUGAAGGUGUUAGUGGCUAAUCAAUCAGGUGAAAAUCCAGAUUUGGCUCGAAAUGUGGUUUACAAGGAGGUGUUUCGAAAUAUAUAA